AUGGCCCAGUCCAACUCCUCUAAGCUUGGUUUUUCGGCAUUGAUUUCAGCAUUGUGCAUAGCCAGAGGAGUCAUCUCAGAUUCUCUGACUUUCGAGUCUCUCAAUCCAGCCAUUAAUUUGGCAUACAUUAAGAAGAACUGCUGGAACCUGGACGAUCCCACGAUCGAAUUUUCAGGGAUCUGCAAGGCACGGGCUAGAGGAUCUGAGGGUCCAUCUUCGGCUACUCCUCCUGCUCCUGCUUCCUCUGCACCUGCUCCUUCUCUGACUCCAGCCCCUUUUACUUCAGCACCACCAUUUCCUCCUGCUCAUUCUCCAGCACCAGCUUCCUCUGCUUCAUCAUCAUCAUUCGAGUGCCGAUGCUCCAAGGUGGCCUGGCCAGGAGUCCAGCCUUCUCCUUUGGGGGGAGGUGAGGCUUCCGCAGCCCAAGAGCCUCAGCCAAAGCCAGAGGUUGCUCAUGAGGCCACUCUAGAGGCUACUCCACGUACCUCACCAGUCACUUCACCUAUUGUGGAGGUCUCUGAGGGUGAAGAAGGCCCCGUGGAUAUUGAUUAUGUAGCAGAUCUACAGGCGGCACAGAGUACCUGGGAUCCUUGGCCGACAGCAGCACAGGAGACACCACAGCCAGCCCAAGAUACUCCUUCUUCACCUCAUGGCGAGCCUACACCAACUCAGGAUGAUUGUUGA